CGUCACAGUGAGGGCGACGUUGUUGUGUUGCGCCCUCACUCUGACGUCACCAUCCUGCGCCUCUCACUCCAGGCAUUAUUACCCAUCAGAGGGAAAGAGAGACUGUUCAGAUCCAGACCGACACAAGUAUCUAAUAAACGCCGUUCAUUUGAUGAACUCAUCAGUGGUCAACAAUGCGCGCUGCCCGCAGAACAAGCACAACUACUCCAAAGGAGUUGUGUUUAAAGGAGAUCUGUUUCCAGGCUGUCAGUAGACAUCAUGCUGCUCUGGGCAGUGAGGCUGUUCUUGAUCUUCCAACGCCCCUCAUUAAGGACCUUCUUCCUCAUCUGACUGUAUGUCAGCUGGAUGAGCUCCAGCCUAACCUAAACCAGAGAGGGAUAUCAACUCUCUCUGAGUGGAUUGGAGUCCUACAGGAUAUAUGUGGACCUAACCAUGUAAUAGACUUCCACACAGAAGAAGAGGCCAAAAACGAAGUGAUGAGAAAUCUUUUUACUCUGGUAUUCUAUGGCUUCUCAAACAGCUUCGUCAACAGAAACAUCACAAAUUUAAACACCCCAUCCUUCCUGUGGGCUGCAGCUAAAUGUAUCAAACAGUUUUUUCUCACUAUGCCAGUUGAAAGUUUAAUAACUGAGCGGCGGCCUCUUCUGAACCUCUUAGAGAAGCGUAUUGUGAGUGUCACUGUUACGCAGCGCAUUGAUCCAUCAAAGAGAACUGCGUUGUAUGUCCUCCAUCGCCUGCUGGACCACGGGGUGGCUAAAAAACUUGUCGUACAUGCGCAGUGUCCCAAAAUGUUGUCCUGGAUCCUACACGGCAGGGGAUCCCAGUAUGAAAACCCCGAGCUGAAGAAACUACUGCACAGCAAAAAGGCCAGCUGUAUUUCAGAAACGUUUUCAGCAGUCGGGGCCGGUUGCAGUUCAGAUCUGGAUGAUGAAGUCACUCCCUGCAAACGCUCAAAGUUGGAUUCUGUGUCUGUGGAGGAGGAGGCAUCUGGAAAAGCAAACUCCACUGUGGACCCGCAGGUUCUCUGUCAAACCUUCACUCCAUGUGAUGGUCCCUCGGCGGGGGCUUGUCCAUCGGGGCAGAUCGAGAGUCUGGAGAUCAGGCAGUGUCGGCCCAACUCCUUCAGUGUGCUGACCGCUGCCCUGCCAACAUUUUUCUGCCUUCGCUCUCUAACUCUUCACAGCUUCUCGAUCCUCCUGGACAAGAUGGUGUUGCGCCUGGCCAGAGCCCUGAAGCAGCUGUCUGAGAGCUCCUGCAGCUCUCUCACCGAACUGAGCAUCAGCGUCCUGCCGUACAUCAGGCUCAUGGAGGUCCUGCUGGACGCAAGCCCCAACGUGACGUCCCUGCACGUGGAUAUCGAGACCGUGACGUGGGGACCGCUCUUCUCACCGCAUCAUCUCAGGACUGCUGAGUCAGACGACAUGUCCGAAAAAAAAGCAGAGCUGCCCCUGGAGAAGCUGGUGGUGAAAGUAGCCGAGCUCCAGACGGAUCUGAGCUACGUCACAUCUGUGCUGACACGCUCCCCGCGUCUCACCUCACUCCACCUCGCAGGGAUGAGAUUACCAACCGGCUCUUCUCAGAGCCAGCUCCUCACCACUCUCUCAGAGUCAAAUGCCCUCCUGAGGAGUCUCACCUUGGAGGACAUGCAGCUGUCUGAUUGUCUCCCUGAGAUCCUAAAUCUACUGAGAGACUGCAAGUUGGAAGAGCUGAGGCUCAAUGACUGCCGCCUUCUUGAGAAGUGGAGCGACAAGGAGGAGAGUUUGCAGCAGCUGGUGGCUGCUCUGAAGACGCUGCCUUCUCUCCACACGCUCAGCCUGUCUCAGAAUCGGCUAGUCAAGAACGUGUGUGUGCUGGCAGAGCUGUUCUCAGGAUCCUCACCGAGCUCAGUGAAACGACUGGACAUCAGCUCCAACUUCAUUCAGCCUGCUGAUCUGAUGGAGUUCGCUGAGAGAUUGAGGACACAUCAUCCACCACACCGACUGACCCUUGACCUCAGGAAAAACCCAGGGGAUCGAGACCCCGACACGUGGAACGCUGCACUGAAGAGGCUUCGUCCGUUCUGCGUUCUACUGAUCGAAGGAUGGAAUUCCACUGACACAAUGGCAGACCACAUCAGCAAUAUGUGAACAAAGCUACGAGUGUCAAACACUCCCUGUUGGAGUGACUGUAAAAAGUUAGCACCUUAUGUAAAGUUUGUAAUUUUCUCUUUGACAGCAGAGUGACUGUGGUCAGUUUGAGUUCAGUUCAGACAGUUACUUAUCAAACCACACCUGCAGCAUGAGACACUUCUUCACUGUCACACAUUUGAUGCAACAAUGUUCAGUCAUAUUUUCACCAUGUCUAAACACACAACUUCCAUUCUGUCUAAAUUGCGAUCUAUAGUGCAAAGUAUGUGUGUGUACGUCCUGUACUGAGCAUUGGGAUGGAAAGCAGAGAAGUGGAUGAAGUUGUAGUAAUGGUUUUUCAAGUUCUUAUAUAAGGGAUAACGCCAGACGAGGUGACCGUUAUCAGGAAUUAAUGGACGACGGUUGCCUCUGCGAAGUCCAUUAAUUCCUGAUUAUGGACAAAGGCAUCAUCCCGCUUAUACCAUGGUCACUUGCCAAAGAUAUUCCCAUCCCAUAAGGUUCUUGUGAUAUUGAAAUGUUCACUGCUCCAGUAAAUAGGACAAACCUCAGCUACAACUUGGCAAAGGAAGGUAUCUCUUUGGCUCAGCUAUGAGCCAGAAAGCUAACGUUAUGCUAGCAAGAUUCAAAGUCAAUAAGAUUGCGUACGGUUGACAAACAGUAAAUAUAAUUUAACAGUAUGUUUAACAACAAGACCAGCUAGCUAUUCAGCCAUGUCAUUGUCCCCAAUUCAAUAUCAAGAUUUUCACGAAAUCUUGAUUAGCAUAACGCUAGCAUAAAGCUAACGUUAUCCUAGCAAGAUUCAAAGUCAAUAAGAUGCGUACGGUUGAAAAACAGUAAAUAUAAUUUGACAGUCCAUUAUUAGGAAUUAAUGGACACCCUGCAGCCAAUCAGAAUCGAGUAUUCACCCAGACCAUGGUAUUAAGACAUUUAUUGACAUUUUAUUUUUCUACCAUAAUUACAGUUAUGGUAGAGCAUACAUCAUUUUGCUUUGUAAUUAGUUGUGCGACACAUUGAAUUGGUUGUACGUAUGUUACAUUAUUAAAUGUAACAUACGGUCUCUUGUAUCAGUUGGAAAAUAAAAGAGCAUCCCGUUAGUUUGA